AUGACCGACGUCAUGUGUACCCGUAUGGAUAUCCUAUUUGGAGGAAAUGUUUAUCCAAAAAUUUUAACCUCGGAUGUUAGAAAGCAUCCAAAUGGCAACCUGAUCGCCCAAAGAACAGUUUUCGGUUGGAUAGUAACUGGUGAGGUAUUUCAAUCGGAACCCAUGUACACCCUUGCAACGUUUUGCAACCAAGUUGAGUUGAACGCCCAACUUGCUCGUUUUUGGGAACUUGAAGAAGUUCCACAAGCGACACGAUGGUCCGAAAGCGAAGAAAUUUGUGAGGAGCUUUACCGGACUACUACUUACAGAAACCCCGAUGGUCGCUAUGUAGUUUCACUCCCUUUUCGUCGAGAAUUUUAUAAUGAAGUGACAUUAGGAGAUUCUCGACAUAGUGCUUUGUCCCAGUUCAUGAGAAAUGAAACUCGACUUUUAAAGAACCCCGAAUUGAAAUCACAGUAUGACACUGUGAUUAGCGAGUAUUUUGAAAUGGGACAUAUCAAAGCAGUUAAUCCCUCUGAUUCAAAAGCGACUAGUUAUUAUUUACCGCAUCAUGCAGUAUUUAAACCCGAUAGUUUGACCACCAAACUCCGUGUGGUAUUUAACGCCUCAAACCCAUCCUCCAAUGGCGUAAGCCUUAAUAAUAUAUUAUACCCCGGUCCUGUUUUACAGGCAGACCUUACGGUCUUAAUCCUCCAAUGGCGACUCUUUCGUUACGUUUUUAACGCUGACAUUGAGAAAAUGUAUCGCCAAAUUUUAAUUCAUCCCGAACAAACACAAUUUCAGCGGAUCUUUUACCGCAAUAAUCCCGAAGCUGAUAUAAAGGACUAUGAGCUAAAUACAGUCACAUUCGGAGUGAAUUGUGCACCGUAUUUAGCGAUUCGAACUCUUUUACAAUUGGCCAACGAUUGUGAACCCCAAAGUCCGUUAGCAUCUCAAAUUUUGAAAACCCAAAUGUAUGUCGAUGACGUACUUGCUGGCUCUCAUGAGCUAGAAGACGCUUUUGAGAGACGUAUUGAACUCACCCAUGUUCUCGAAUCGGCUGGUUUCGUUUUACGAAAAUGGACUGCCAAUCAUAUACGUCUCUUAGAAGAUUUACCCCGUGAGAAUCUGCUUGAUGCAGACUUCUUAAAAUUUGCAGAUGCUAGCACAACAAAAACCCUGGGCUUGCGAUGGAAUGCUGAUACUGACAGUUUCUACUUCCGACACAUAUCGCAGCCACGCCGGGAUAUUGUGACAAAACGCGCUGUCUUGUCAGAAAUAGCUAAGCUAUUUGACCCCGCCGGUUGGCUCUCUCCAAAAAUUAUUGUUGCAAAAAUUAUAAUGCAACAAAUAUGGAAAGACAAGACAGAUUGGGAUGAAAGUUUAAAAACCUUAACCCUUGCGCAGUGGCGCUCAUUUUUAAAUGAUUACCCGAAUAUUGAGAAAAUUAACAUUCCAAGAUGGGUUAAUUUUCACCCGAGUCAUGAAAUUGAACUUCAUGCAUUUUCUGAUGCUUCAGAAAAGGCUUAUGGCUGUGCUCUUUAUGUUCGAAGUAUUUCGGCAAAUGAAAUCACUUCACAUUUACUCUCUGCAAAGACGAAGGUAGCUCCUGUUAAGUCUGAAACAUUACCCCGUUUAGAACUUUGUGGAGCGGCUUUGAUGGCAAACAUGGUAGAAUCUUUGUGUAGUCAAUUAAAUCUAGACAAGAGAAAGAUUUAUAUGUGGACCGAUUCUACUAUAGUUUUAUCUUGGCUCAAAAAACCCCCGUGUCAUUGGCCAACCUUUGUCAAGAACAGAGUUGCACUAAUAGUAAAGAAAGUAGGUAACGAAAAUUGGUUUCAUGUUGAUUCCAAAGAUAACCCCGCAGAUCUCGCAAGUCGUGGAACUCUUGCUCGAGAUGUAGUAGAUAACCCCUUAUGGUGGUAUGGUCCCUCGUGGUUACGACAACCGCGAGAAUACUGGCCACAAAAUAUCGUUACCGAACAUCUACAUUUAGAAGUUCAAUCUUUUUCUGUUCAGACUGAACUAAAAUUUGACAUACUGGAACGUUUUUCAGAUUUACCCCGUGCAAUGCGAAUUAUUUCGUAUUGGUUCAGGUGUUUACAGUAUUUGAAAACCCGAAAAUGCUUGUACAACACUUUAGAUUUAACCCAAUCAGAAAUGAGAUUUACUCGUGAUCGAUUAAUUCUAGUAUGUCAAAAGAAUUAUAUACCCGAAUAUUCUUUACUCUCAAAAGGUAAACCCAUAUCUUCCAAGAGUAAUUUACUCACUUUGAACCCGUUUAUUGACUCGAAUGGUUUUGUCAGAAUCAAUGGUCGAUUAGUUCGAUCACCUGGCUUAACAUACGAUGAGCGUUACCCUAAAAUUCUGCCUUAUGCAGCCCGUUUUACUCGUUUGUUUGUUGAACAUGUUCACAAGUGCUCUGCCCAUGGUGGCCAUUCAUUAAUGCUCAGAUUAGUUAGAAAUGAGUUUUGGGUCCCGAAAUUAAAGAAUCUAAUUCGUACAGUUAUUUUCAAUUGUAAGGAAUGUACAAUUUACCGAAAGAAAACCGGUCAGCAGAUUAUGGCUGCUUUACCCCCUGAACGUGCGUCUCUUUCGAGACCGUUUACCCAUACUGGUUUAGAUUUCGCAGGUCCGUUCGACAUAAAAUCCUACAUUGGUAGAGGUUGCCGAAUAACAAAAGGUUAUGUUCUCGUGUUUGUUUGUUUCGCCACAAAGGCGAUUCAUUUAGAGGCAACCGGUGAUAUGUCGACCGAAACAUUUCUUGCUGCUUUUGCCCGUUUUUUCUCUCGUCGAGGUUGUCCUGCUCAUGUUUACUCGGACAACGGAACUGCAUUUGUCGGUGCUGCUAAUUUACUGGAAGUUGACCGAAAGCAGUUUUUACUCCAAUUGAGGCAAAAAGUACUUGUACGAAAUAGUUCUCAGCCAGUUGAAUGGCAUUUUAUACCCCCUGGGGCUCCUCAUAUGGGCGGCUUAUGGGAAGCCGGCGUUAAGAGUGUAAAAACUCAUUUUCGCAAAAUUGCUGGAAUGCAAAAAUUUACAUUUGAGGAGUUUUCAACAAUGUUAAGCCGUAUUGAAGCUUGCCUAAACUCAAGACCAUUAACUGCAAUGAGCGAUGAUCCCCUCGAUUUAGUCCCAUUAACCCCUGGUCAUUUUUUGAUCGGAGCGCCUCUUUUGGCACCCCCUGAACCCAAUCAUUCCGAUCUUUCUUUGAGUAUUGCUAAUAGAUGGCAGAAACUCAAAGUGCUCCAUCAUCAGUUUGCUCUGCGAUGGAAAGAGGAAUACCUCAAAGAACUCCAUCGGCGAACUAAGUGGAAAUAUCCACAAAGGGACUUGAAAGUAGGAGAUUUAGUUGUGAUCCGUCAAGAUAAUUUACCCCCGAAUGAAUGGCGCUUAGGUAGGAUAGAGAAGACUCAUGUAGGGCAAGAUCGUAAGGUCCGCUCUGCGGACUUGAGAACAGCUUCGGGCAUUUUUACCCGGCCCAUAGUGAAGCUUGUUCUCUUGCCAAAGUCAGAAGCUGACUAA